AUGCCGGAAACCGACGAUAAAAUCCAUGAAAUGACAUCGGAUGAUCGGAGAAUGAAAGUGCGUGAGUUGGCUCAUGCUGUAGGUAUCUCAACUGAACGGGUAGAUGAUAUUUUACACGAAUAUUUGGAUAUGAGAAGAUUGUCCAAUAGAUGGGUGCCGCGAUUGCUCACAUUCGACCAUAAGCGCAAUCGUGUGACGACUUCAAAAGAGUGUUUAGCGAUGUUCAGCCGUAAUCCGGACGAAUUUUUGCGCCGUUUUGUUACUGUGGACGAAACGUGGAUCCAUCACAACACGCCAGAGACCAAGGAACAAUCGAAACAGUGGGUUGCUAGGGGUGAACCUGGACCAAAUAAGGCCAAACAGAGUCUGUCGGCCAAAAAGAUCAUGGCCACAGUUUUUUGGGAUGCACACAGUGUCAUUCGCAUUGAUAUCCUCGAGAAAGGAAAAACAAUCACCGGCGAAUAUUAUUCAAAGCUUUUGGACAGAUUGAUUUGA